UUGGUUGGCUUCCAUUGGCUCCAUUCAGAAAUUAUUCUCAAUGGAGCAAUGGAACAAUGUCAAUGGAGUUGGUUGGCUUCCAUUGGCUCCAUUCAGAAAUUAUUCUCAAUGGAGCAAUGGAACAAUGUCAAUAG